AUGGACCGCGAAGCCUUCAUACAUUUCAUUGGUGGCGCUCUUGGUGGAACGGCUGGGACGGCAAUUACGUGUCCGUUCGAAGUUGUGAAGACUCGUCUCCAAAGUUCUCACUAUGCGAGCACGAUCGGUGGACCGUCAACUUCUAACGGUGGACCUUCACCGAACGACGGAUCCGGUGGAAGUGGUCAUUCGAACAGCACACGGCAUAUCACGAAUCAUUAUUUUAAACGUUACGCACCACCGUUGUUACAACAUCCAUCUGCGAAAGUGCGACCAGGUCUUAUGUGGCCAACGCCGCAAUUUUCAAUCAUCCAACAACAGCAAUUGAAACUACAUGUAGGAAAUGGUGAUUCCGCUGUUGAUUUCUGGCGACGAAAGAAUGUUUUCAAGCUCUUUCAUCAGAUAAUUACCAACGAAGGAGUGGGCGCACUCUACAAAGGUUUAGGCCCGAAUCUAGUUGGCGUAGCUCCAUCGAAAGCGGUCUAUUUCUAUACGUAUUCAUCAUGUAAGCGCAUUUUCAAUGAUGUUGAUGCGUUUGUGCCGAAUAGUGCCAUUGUACAUAUGCUAUCUGCUGGUUGCGCAGGUUUCGUGGCUGCGACAGUUGUGAAUCCUAUUUGGUUGGUGAAAACCAGAUUGCAGUUGAAUAGAGGACGUUCAUCGAUAACUCAAUGCAUCAAGAAAGUUUACCGAAACGAGGGUCUCAAAGGAUUCUAUCGAGGAGUAACCGCAUCAUAUAUGGGUAUUUCGGAGACAAUGAUUCAAUUCGUGCUCUAUGAACAUGUCAGGAGUCAUUUGGUGAAAGCAGCCGCCCGGAAUGCCGCUGAAUCGGAAUACGAUGAGGAUAAACGAAAUACAAUUGAUUUCUUGCAUUUCAUGUUAGCCGGAGGAACAGCGAAAUUCUUUGCCUGUGUGGCAGCAUAUCCACACGAAGUAGUAAGGACACGACUCCGUGAAGAGCACACUAAAGCAACGGGUUUCUUCUCAACGCUAUUCUCGAUCUAUCGCUACGAGGGUUUUCGUGCACUCUAUCGUGGUUUAUCUGUUCAGUUGUUACGAACAGUACCGAAUACGGCGAUAACAAUGGGUACAUAUGAAGUGGUUAUUUAUUUCCUGCAUAAAUGA